AUGGCUGUAAUUACUGAGGUUAAGGAUCAAAAUAACGGCACUGAAACGAGUGGAGCUCACCGAACCGCUGCACAUACACAUAUCAAGGGUCUAGGGUUAGAUGACACAGGGGUCGCUAGAGCGGUAGAAGGUGGAUUUGUAGGCCAAGUUGAGGCCCGUGAAGCUUGUGGUGUGAUUGUAGACCUUAUUAAAGCACAGAAAAUGUCUGGGAAAGCCAUUCUGUUGGCUGGUGGUCCAUCCACUGGUAAGACUGCGCUAGCUUUGGCAAUCUCUCAGGAAUUGGGACCAAAAGUUCCCUUCUGUCCUGUCGUUGGUAGUGAACUUUACUCUGUAGAGGUUAAAAAAACUGAGGCUUUGAUGGAAAACUUUAGGCGGGCUAUUGGUCUUAGAAUUAAAGAGACCAAAGAAGUAUAUGAAGGUGAAGUAACUGAAUUAACACCCGAAGAUGCUGAAAAUCCACUUGGUGGGUAUGGUAAAACCAUUUCUCACGUUGUUGUUGGAUUGAAAUCCGCAAAGGGUACCAAGACUUUGAGACUAGACCCUACAAUCUACGAGAGUAUUCAAAGAGAGAAAGUUAACGUUGGGGAUGUCAUAUACAUAGAAUCCAAUACCGGUGCAGUGAAACGUGUCGGUAGAUCUGAUGCUUACGCCACAGAGUUUGAUUUAGAGACUGAAGAAUAUGUACCUUUACCAAAGGGUGAAGUUCACAAGAAAAAAGAAAUUGUCCAGGAUGUCACAUUAUAUGAUUUAGAUAUUGCUAAUGCAAGACCUCAAGGUGGUCAAGAUGUAGUAUCUAUGAUGGGUCAACUAUUGAAACCGAAGAAGACCGAAAUUACCGAAAAAUUAAGAUUAGAGGUUAACAAAGUAGUAGCUAAAUAUAUUGAUCAAGGUGUGGCUGAAUUAGUCCCAGGUGUAUUAUUCAUAGAUGAAGUCAAUAUGUUAGACAUUGAAAUAUUCACAUACUUAAACAGAGCUCUAGAGUCAAACAUUGCUCCAAUCGUUGUAUUGGCAUCCAAUAGGGGGAUGACCACCGUAAGAGGUACCGACGAUGUUGUGUCGCCACAUGGUGUUCCACCAGAUUUGAUUGAUCGUUUAUUGAUCGUACGUACAUUGCCAUACAACAAACAAGAGAUUAGAUCUAUUACAGAGAGAAGGGCUAAAGUCGAAAAUCUGCAAUUAACUUCCGAAAGUUUCGAUUUGUUAGCAGACUUGGCUAUGUCUACUUCCUUACGUUAUGUACUGCAAUUAUUAUCUCCUUCAGGUAUACUGGCACAGACUGCUGGUAGAACAGAUAUUUUACCAAGUGAUAUCGAGGAAGCCAAAUCGCUGUUUUUAGAUGCAAAAACCUCUACAAAUAUUCUUCAAACUGCAGGUAAUUACUUGUAA